AUGAGGAAACAGAGCACACUGCUGCUGAAAUCGGACGACUUUGCCGGCGUGAUCCCGCAACGGAAAUGGACUCGCUUCGACUAUCUGCUCGCCGUCGCCAAAUUUGCACUCAAGAAGCUACGGCAAGAAGAAGAGCAACGGAACUUCCAUCUCCGCCGCCGCCUCUCCCAUUUGCCUCCUCUGCCACCGACCGGGCGCCGCAAGUUUGGCUCUUUCCGCUCGAUUGCCGCCGAACCCAAGAAGAAAAUCGAAAUGGGUAAAAUGGGCAAGAAGAAGAAGAACAAGAAGCGGGGGAGGAAGGGAAGAAAGACCCAAGAAGAGGCUUUCGGCGGGAUGGGUUUCUGUCCGCCGCUGCCGGAGCGAUUCGCGAGGUACAUCGACGAGGUGAGAGGGAGGGAAGUGAAGAUGGUCAUACAGAAGCGGCUGUCGAGGAGCGACCUGGACCACAGCCAAUCGCGGCUGUCGAUCCCGCGCCGGGCGGUGGAGGAAGAGUUCCUGACGGCGGAGGAGGCUGCGGCGAUGGGGAAGCGCUGGGGCACGCAUGGGUGCCGGCUGAGCGGGGUGGACGCCCGGCUGAUUGUGGAGCCGGGGGAGAAGGAAUGGGUCGUGCAUCUGAAACAAUGGGGCACGGUCAGCGGCAUGGGGAACUACGUUCUGACGUCGCGGUGGAACAGCGUGGUGGAGGAAGUGAAGUUUGAGGAAGACGACGCGAUUCAGUUGUGGAGCUUUAGGGUCGGCGAUGAAGGCGGCGGGGAAUUGAAUCUGGUUUUGGUUCGAUUGGGUAUGUGA